AUGGCAACGCGCAUCACAAAACAGUCCGCGGUGGCCGACCUGAUCAUGGGCGCCGGGCUGGUGUCGUCCGGCGGCGCCAAGGUGAAGGACGAGCGCCCCAAGAGCAGCGGCCCGCUGCUGUACGAGCUCGCGCGCGGGGGCCACGGAGGCCAGUCCGGGUCGACACACAGCCAUAUCGAAGUCGAGGACUACGAGGACGAGUUCAGCGACGGUGCGCGGGACGCGCCACCGCCCAAGCCGCGCUACGGCCCGCAGACGUCCGUUUCCUUCCGAGACACCCCCCCUCCGGUCCCAACGCCGCCCCGGCUGUACUCCGGCGCGAACGACACGUCGGGGCCCGCGGAGGUACCGUCGCCGAGCCUCGCGACGGGCAGCGCGGCGGUGCAGGCACAGGUGGUGGUGCCGAAGCCGCCGCGGCUGCCGACGGCCGCGGACGCGGACCCCGAGGAGCGUUCCGGGCACGAGGGGGGGCACCGCAGGCAGGCGAGCGUCGCGUUCGCGGACCCCCCCGCGCUGCCGGAGCGCCCUGCCCCGGAGGCGACGCCACCGCAUGAGGGGAGCGUGCUCGGCGGGGGGGGUGUUGGUGUUGGGGACGCGGCGUCGGAGGGGUCCGAGCCGGCGCUGAACGCGGUCGGCGCGAUCGGGGACAAGUCGCGGCACACGACGCCGCGGCGGUCGCGGCGUGUCUCGGAGGCCAGCACGGUGGCCAGCCGGGCGGAGUCGCGGUCGCCCGGGCGGCACGGGGCGCCGCCGCCGCGCGUGCGGAACGCGUUCGGCGGCGCGGGGGGCACGAUGGACAUCCGGGAGCUCGCGCGGAGCAUGGGCAUGGACCCGUCGUCGGAGGUGGAGGUGGACGCGGAGGCGUCGGAGGCGGUGGUGCUGCCGCAGACGUCGCCGGCGAAGAAGCGGCGGCUGAUCGAGCUGGAGAAGGAGGUCAAGGCGCUGACGAAGGCGCUGGACGAGGCCCACAUGGAGACGCGCAAGCAGAAGAUCGAGCUGGGGGAGGAGUUCAAGAAGAAGUUGGCCGACGGGCUCAAGGACAAGGAGCGCGAGAUCAAGACGCUCCGGAAGCGGCUCGCGGACUCGGAGCGGCGGCGCGACAUGGGGGAGAACCGGAUCCGGUCGCUGGAGGGCGACGUGGCCAAGCUGCGCAAGGACCUGCGGGAGCACAAGGUGGCGCUGGAGGCCGGGAAGGAGGACAUGCGCGCGAUGAAGGGCGACGUGGACCGCGCGCGGCUGGAGGUGGCGCAGGCGCGGCGGCAGGUGGAGAAGGAGAAGGGGCUGCGGCAGACGGCGGUGGAGAAAGUGCGCGGCGAGGCGGAGAAGGCGCUCGCGCGCGCGAAGCAGGACUUCGACCUGCAGGUCUCGCAGGAACAGGACCGCGUGACGUACCUCCGCGAGAAGGAGGAGAAGCUGUCCAUGGAGCUGGCGGGGAUGCGGGGGAUGUGCGAGAACCUCGAGCAGGAGGCCGAGCGCGCGCGGGACCGUCUCCUCGAGGCCACGAAGCACCAGAAGGACGCGUCGAAGGGCGCCGAGCAGCUGCGCAAGGCGCUGGUGGACGCGCGCGGGGAGAACGAGCGCCUCAGGGGGCUGGCGCAGCGCGCGGCGGAGGAGGCCGAGGCGCAGCGGCGGAACGUGGAGCGGCUGAUGGACACGCGGGAGCGCAUGGAGAAGACGGCGCGGACGCGGGAGACGCAGUGGCAGCUGCAGGUCGAGACGUGGGACGCCAAGCUGGCCGAGGCGCGCGCGGAGAGCGCGGGACAGGUCGAGCACCUGUCCGGCGUGGUCGAGGUGCUCGAGGAGCGCCUCGCGCGCGUGCUGGCCGCGGAUGCGGCGUUCCACGCCAUGAGCGGCAACGCGGGGCUGUUCGCGGACGCGCUCAAGGGCAACACGACCACGGGGCACCUGAACUCCAUGAUCCGACACCUGUCCAGGGAGAACGCGCGGCUGAACAAGGAGAUCGCCGUGGUGCGGGCGCGCCACGAGGACCGCCUGUACAAGCGGCCCGCGGACCAUCAGACCCCCCCCGAGGGCCUGCCAGACUCGGAGGAGGACACAGACCCCUCGAAACACCUCCUAGAGUCCCCCUCCGCGCCGGCGUUCCUCAAGGACGGCGGCGCGGCGCUCCCGCCCGCCCACCUCUCGUCGCGCGCGCUCUCCGUGCCCCCCCCGGGGGAGUCCGUCGCGGAGACCGACUCCUACCGGGACCUCCCCCCCAAGGACCGCCCCAGCAGCGCCACCACGCGCGGCGGCUCGCGGCCCCGGUCGUCCCGCGCGACGACCGUCCUCCCGCAGUUCUCCGCCGUCGACACCGAGCCCUCGGCCGCCGCGUUCUCCGUCGCGUCCGACGCCACCCGCCGCUCCGCCGCCCCGCCCUGCGCGUGGGUCGCCAUGGAGAAGGCCACCGCCGCGGAGCUCCGCCUCGCGCUCGUGCAGCUCGAGGGCGAGUCCCGCGCCAUGCGCGCCGAGCACGCCACGUGGAAGGGCCGCGUCGAGGACCUGGAGGGCCUUUUGAAGCACGCCAACGACAAGGUGGACAGGGCGAUGCAGGACCGGGACGCGGCGCUGCGGGAGGCGCGCGACGCGAACGACCGCGUGCGCGAGGUGAAGGCGCAGUACGUGGACGCCGGGGUGGUGCGGACGGCGCAGUUCCGCACGAUGGAGGCGCAGGAGGAGGCGCGCGGGGCGCGCAAGGUGCUGGCGCGGCAGAAGAACGACUUGCUGGUGGCGUCGCGGGUGGAGCGGGAGCUGGAGGAGAAGGUCGAGGAGCUGCAGCGGGAGCUGGUGGACGCGCAGAGCGCGCGCGGCGCGGCGACGGAGACGGCGGUGCAGCUGCGUGCGGAGAACGCGUCGCUGCAGCGGCGGCUCGCGGGGCUCGAGGCGGACGUGGCGCCCGCGAAGCAGCAGAUGGCGGCGCUGAAGGUCGCGGGGAGCGUGCCGCGGGAGAGCCUCGAGGCGGCCGAGCGCGAGGCGAGUGCUGCGCGGGAGCAGCUGCGCGCCGUGGGGCGCGACCGCGACAGCGUGCGGUACGAGCUGAGUCAGGUCAAGGCGCGGGAGGCGCGGCAGCGGAAGGCGCACGAGAAGGAGCGCGGGGAGCUCGAGGCCGUCGUGCGCGCGCUCCGGGAGGAGCUGUACCGGUCGCAGACCAUCACCAGCGCGCAGGUGGCAGAGACGGAGCAGUCCGCGAUGCUGGUCACGCGACAGCUGCGGGAGGAGCGCGAGCGGUGCGGGGAGCUCGACGACCUCGUCCGGGAGCUCACGGAGGAGCUCGAGAAGGCUCGGCUGGAGGCGGUGUACCAUCAGACGCGGGCGCGGACGUUGGCGGAGCAGGGGGCCGGCGGCGCGCCGGUGGCGGGCGUGGUGGUGGGCGGCGGGGACGGGCCGCCGCGCGGGGUCGUGGUCGGGCUGAAUCUGCGGGAGAUGCCGGUGUUGACGGCGUGCUCGGGACCUGUGGCGGAAAUAGGGUAA